AUGAGCGCCUGGAUGGAGGUUUCUGUGGGAGCGAGAGUGUCGCUCGAGGGUGGGUGGUCAGGCCGUGGGGCUAGGCGUGGGGAGGGCCGCCUGGACCGUAUGAUGAGGCUGUGCCGUUACCAGCAGAGCGGUGGUACGGAUGCUGUCGGCAGUUGGGUGAGGCAGGCAGGGGUGAGGCAGGGUGCGGUGCGGCAGGGUGAGGCAGGGUGCGGUGCGGCAGGGGUGAGGCAGGGUGCGGUGCGGCAGGGUGAGGCAGGGUGCGGUGCGGCAGGGGUGCGGCAGGAUGCAUGUGGUGGCUUAGGCCUCCGGUCCGGAGAGGAGAUCUCUCAAGGCUAUGGCCCGUGGGCCAAGGAUCAGCCGGCAUCUUGGCUGAGUAGUCUCACUCGGAGCACCUAUCGGCUAUCGACGGACAUGAUCGCUCCAAAGAGGAUGCGCUCCUUUGGAGGUGUUGCUGCGUGCUGCUCCCACUCGCCAGCGCAGCACGCGAGUGGGUCGCUGCUGACGCCACUCGCAUGGCUCGCAGGGUGGGUCGCCUUGGGCCUGCUCGCGAACCUCGUGACAACCAGCGCCGUCCCGUUCAAUCCCUCGCAAGUGAAAUUUUUGAAUGACACCAAAAGUUGGUGGAGCGACCCCCCAUCCGACUGCGACCAUGUGUACGGCCUCAAGUGCGAUGUGGACGGCAUGAUAACUGAGAUCAAUAGGGCGCAGUCUGAGCUCACAGGCAUCAUUCCCUCUAGCAUCGGUGCUCUUACUCGCUUAACUUAUAUGGCACUCUACAACAACUCGCUCACCGGCUCCAUCCCUGCUCAGAUUGGCUCCCUGAAGAAAACUUUGCAAGUCCACCUCUUCGCCAAUCAGCUCACCGGCUCCAUACCUGCUAGCAUUGGCUCGAUGUCAGACUUAACAUUACUAGACCUCUCCCGCAACCAGCUUUCAGGCAGCAUCCCUGCUAGCUUCAGUGAGCUCCAGAAACUAGGGUACAUCUAUUUGUACACCAAUGACCUCACCGGCUCCAUCCCAUCUAACCUUGGCUCUCUGACAAAUCUGGAGGCCGUUGGUUUCAAUGUAAAUAACCUCGCAGGGAGCAUCCCCGAUUCCUUAAUGUCCCUGGCUAAGCUAACUUAUCUAAACUUGAGCAUGAAUUCACUGAGUGGGACAAUUCCAUCCACCGUUGGCAACAUGCGCCACUUGUUAAAACUGCAUCUCCACGACAACAAUCUCUCAGGGCCCAUUCCAACAUCCAUCGGCGACAGCCUUCUAUACCUGGAAGAGUUGAACCUCUUCAACAACGAUUUCUCGGGGGCCAUCCCACCAUCCAUUGGAAACCUUUUUGAUCUGCAGACUUUCACCACCUGGGGCACCAGCCUCACAUGUCCGGUCGACUACACCAGCUGUGUCCAACAGCAGAUUGCUGAGACUGCUUUCUGCCGCAAGUGCCCUUCCUUCUGCACCACCUGCCUGGAGUUAACAGCGGCACCACCAGCACCGAGCCCCAACAGCAGCAGCAUCAGCCAGUACGACUCAGCAACUUCUGGAGGGGCCAGUGGGUUAUCACUGGGGGGCAUCAUUGGCAUUGUUGUUGCUGGUGGUGGUGGUGCUGCUGCUGCUGCUGCGGCUGCUGUGUUGCGUUACCUCAGGCACAAGCGGCAGCAGAAGGCAACAGACAUCCCACUAGCAUCAAUGGCUGGCAGUUGGGCAGCCUUACACAGCACAGAGUUUUCUCUUGCUGAGGUUGAAGCGGCCACCAACAACUGGGCUGCAGCCAACCAGCUUGGGUCGGGCGCCUUUGGCGAUGUGUUCAAGGGGGUGUCUCCACUCGAUGGUGUAACUGAGUGGGCUGUGAAACGCGCCAAGCUGUUACAUGUUGACUUCCAACGGGAGGUCCAGCAAAUGGCGGACAAGAACCAUCCCAACAUCGUACGGCUGCUUGGGUUUGCUGUGGGGGGUGACAUGAGGACGCGGCCAGAGCAGGUUCUCAUCUACGAGUUUGAGCCCAACGGUGACCUUGAGAAGUGGCUGAAUUCAACAAAGGCACCAUUCUCACUGACCCUGCCACAGUGGCUGGGCAUCCUGAUUGGGGCGGCGCGUGGCUUGGAGUAUCUCCACAGCUUUGACUUCGUGCAUCGCGACAUCAAACCUGCCAACAUCCUCGUCAGCGCCGACAUGCAGGCAAAGAUUGCGGACUUUGGAUUGGUGAGGAUGGGAGAGGGCACGACAGUGGGCUCUACUCGAGUGAUGGGAACACCGGGCUAUGUGGACCCUGUUUACUCAAGGACAAAUAAGGCAACCACGGCCACUGAUGUUUACAGCUUUGGAGUGCUCAUACUCGUGGUGCUUACCGGACGUUCUCCAAUUGCUGAGGCUGGGGGGGAGAGGACGCACAUCCUACAUUGGGUGGAAGAUUGUCUAGCUAAGGGUUCUGAUCUUUCUUGCCUGAAAAACCCCUGUGUGGAUGUUUCGGAGGAGGUGUUGUUGCGGCUGACUCAGCUCGCAGUGAGUUGCACGGUGGGUCGCACGGCAAGCCGGCCAACCAUGGGGGACAUUGCCAAUGAGCUGCAGGCGAUUAGAAACGAAGUGGCAGGGAAGGAGGAGGUGAGUGCGGCGGUGAAGGUGGAUGAGGAGGUUGUGGAGCGGCUGAGUGUGUUCCGGAACCUCAAAACUCUGGAUGAAGAAAUUGAUCUCAUUGGCAUGAUCGCAUGA